AUGGACUAUGUGGAUAGCAAAGCGGUCUCCGGCAACGGCGACAGCAGAUUCGGUCCUGAUGACUCGCCCCCAGACGAAUACACCACGCUUCUUCCCAACUCUCUCCGGAGACGGACACCAGAUGGCGGGCACGACGAUGAGAUAAGUGGGAUCGCGGAGCCUAAACCAGUUCUAGUCGAGUUCUGGAAGCUGUUGCAGGAUGCCGUGCCUGUCAUCGUGGCUUAUAUGCUCCAAAUGAGUCUACAAACUGUCACUGUGAUUGUCGUCGGUCGGUCAUCUCCAGAGAACCUCGCGACGAGCGCAUUUUCUCUGAUGUUUGCGAUGGCCACGGGAGGAAUUAUUGCGCUCGGGGGAACCACGGCUUUGGAUACUCUUGCCUCGUCCACUUUUACCGGUAGUGUGGAUAAACAUGCCCCCGGGGUCCUCCUGCAACGCGCCUUCUUUAUUCUGGGCCUCUACUACAUCCCGGUUGCUCUUGUCUGGACCUAUUCGGAUCCUAUAUUUCGGGCAUUGGGACAGGAUCCUGAGCUAUCCUACCAAAGCUCUCGGUUUUUGACUGUUCUCAUCCCUGGCGGACUCGGCUAUAUCUAUUUUGAAGUCAUGAAAAAGUACCUUCAAGCACAAGGCAUAAUGAGAGCUGGAACCUAUGUCCUUGCUAUUACCUCCCCUCUCAAUGCUGGAUUAUGCUACCUUUUUUGCUAUACCUUCAAGAUUGGGAUGCUCGGGGCCCCUAUCGCGGCCAGUAUAUCCUACUGGGUAUCAUUCAUACUUCUUGUUCUGUACAGCCGCUUCGUCGACGGGUCUGAAUGCUGGGGAGGAUGGUCUCGAUCAGCCUUCCAAAACUUAGGGACUUUCGCCAGGCUGGCUCUCCUGGGUAUCCUCCACAUCGGAACUGAGUGGUGGGCAUUUGAAAUCGUCGCUCUUGUAGCCGGCAAUCUAGGAAGGAUCUCCUUGGCUGCUCAGAGUGUCAUUAUGACUGCCGACCAAAUCCUCAACACCAUACCCUUCGGUCUUGGCGUCGCCACUUCAUCCAGAGUCGGCAAUAAACUAGGGAAACGUGACGCAAGAGGUGUUUACUACACAGCUCAUAUGUCUGCCCUUCUCUCUGUCUCAUUUGGCAUCAUCGUCUUGGCUAUUCUCAUGGGCUCACGAAACCAUUUUGCCAAGAUCUUCAAUGAUGAUCCGAGGGUGGUGGAAUUGACUUCGAAGAUCAUGCCCUUUGUGGCCUUGUUUCAAAUUGCGGACGGAAUCAAUGGAAGCUGUGGUGGUACUCUCCGAGGCAUGGGACGACAGCAUUUAGGUGCCGCUGUCAACAUCAUCAGCUACUACUGCUUUGCCCUCCCGCUGGGUAUCUAUCUUGCCUUCCAUGGCUGGGGACUCGCAGGUCUCUGGAUGGGCAACUGCUUGGCACUCUGGUGUGCAGGGCUUUUAGAGUGGAUGAUCGUCUCCUUGACUGAUUGGCAGGAGGAAGUACGAAAAGCAUUCAACCGCAUGGAUGGCUGUGAUAGCCCAGAAGUUUGA